ACAGAUUAAAAAAAUAGUUUGAUAACUGUGUGUGUUUCGGAAAUUAAAAUUUCUGGAUUCUAUGCAAAACAAUGUUUAUCGUUUGGAUAAAUUUGAAACAAUUAUCAAGCUUAUAAUCUAUUAUUAGCGUCCUACACAAGUUAAAGGUUAUAAAUUGUUGUGUUUGCCGCGGUGCGGCCAUUCAAUCCAAUGGUGGAGUCCAAAAUGGCGACUAGCGCGUUGGAUUUGGAUGCGUCAUAAUUAGACGCGGUGCAUGUGUCUUGAAUGGCUAUUAAUAGAGGAAUUGAAUUAGAAUGGUUGCAUGAAUUGCAAUGAAAAAUGUCAAACACGGUUAUAACUAAUUAUACGGAUCUUAACGGACCUUCCACAAAAGCUGAUAGCUCUGUUGUUGUUAUUGUAAACAAGGAUGGAUCAUUGUCUGUUGAUCAAAAAUUACUGGGGACUCUAAUGGGUACAGAUGGAUCUCAAAGUGCUGGUAUAAGUGUUGUACGCGUUGGGCAUGAAGGUAAACCGGAUGAUGCUACUGACUCCGAAACGGAUGAUGAGAAAGUACCUCAUGUAACAUUGUCAGUAGACAGUUAUUAUGAUGAGCCUAAUAGUAUCAUAAAGUAUGACAGUGGUGCUGAGAUGUUACAGUCAUUGAGGAUAGAAACAAGGGAAAAUAGUUUAGUUGGUUUUCAAAAUGACCACUGUUAUACACCACUCAAAUCACCAAGUCAGUCAGUACCAACAAAAAGCGAUAGUUUACCAAACUAUGAUGAAUCAGUCAUUGAAAUCACUCAUACACCACCACCAAAACCUGUGCCCAAUUCUAAGAAAAUUACUAUAUUGGAACAAAAGAUCUUACCCAAGGGCAAAAAGAUAGUUCUAAAUUCUAAUGAAGCUCCUGUCCUCUUGAAAGGCCAUGAUGUACUACACAAACCACUACCUGUCACUCCCGGUAAUAAAUCCAAGGACAACAGAGAACCUGAUAAAUCUAUAGACGCUUUACAAAAGGCAGAUGACAGUACUGAGUCAUCUUCUAUUAGCUCAUCAGGUGAUAGUAUCCCUGAUAGAGAUUCUGAUUCUGAUUACAAGUACACUAAAGACCGACCAGGUUCUGUAAGAAUAAAGAAACUUAAAUCAAAACCUCGCAUUUUGAAAUCUGGUGGUAGCGCCAAGGCUAAGCUGGAGUCAAAGUUAAUAACUAAGCUUAAACCUGCUAGAACUAUAAUUAAAAAAGAAAUUAAAGAGAAGAUACAAACUAAAAAUGUCACAGAAAAGAAAGAUAGCUCUGAAGUUGAUUUGGAAAGUAUUUUACCAUCUUCUAAGAUUUCUACUAUAAUUCCGCCUACUAAUGAUCUCAGCAAAGUUGUAUUGAAACAGACUCCAAAGCCUGUGAAAAAGGAAAAGAAAACACCAUCACAUGUCACAGCACUAUUGACGGAUAUGACUUCAUUGUUUUCAACCCCAGAUGUCAUUAGAAGGGUAUCUACAGACAGCAAAGUGCCACCUAAAACUCCUACAAGUGACAAAGACUCUUUACCACCUGGCAUCGACAAAAAGCCUGCUACCGUCACUAAAGUACCUGAGUCAAGUGAUGUGAAGGUUGCAGAUAACAAGGCUGAAGAUAUAGACAGUCCCAAGCCCAUUGUACAAAAAACUUAUGUUAAAGCUAAAGAAAAAGUUGUACAACCUGAAAAACCAACUAAGCCUUAUGAUCCUAUACCUCAACUUGAUGAUGCAAGUUUGGCACAAAUAUUACAAGAUACCACAGGCAUAUCUAACCCAGUGAAAGGUCAACCAACUAUAACAACUACAGGAGCUAUGAAUAGUCCUGGACUUGCAGGUCCAUUGUCACCCACUCUAGACUUGUUAGGUGGACUUCAGCCUGAAGAGGAAGGGCUGACUGAAGAUUUCUUGAUGUCUGUUGCUCAACUGGUAGCAAGUUCUGAGAAUUUACAAGAAGUCAUAGACAAGCAGGUUUUAGGUAAAGUAGAUACUGCACCUGCUAAGACUCAACAGAAGGUGCAGACACCACAGACUCCUCAGACACAGCCAUCAAUUUUAUAUACACAAGCUUUGUCAAAAUCAGCUCCUAAAACUGUUCCUGUACGAAAGGAUCCAAUUGAAAUUGUGAGGCGUGAUGGCAGGGUCAUUACAUUACCACCCAUUGAGGCACCAGCAACACGCUCAUCAAAACGGAAGAAUCAGACAGAAGUAACUUCUCAACCAGAGGCAAUACAACCAGCACCAGUGGUGGCAACAACACCAGCUACUCCGGUUCAUCCUGUGUCAGUAACUCCUGAGCCACAGGUGCAAGCUGUGUCAAAACAGUACAUCAAUAAGAAGCUUACUACUAAGAAACAGGAACAGAUGGCUAACCCAAUCUUGGAUAAGGCAGAGUCUCAAGAAAGUUGGAAUUCAGAAGAUGAUCCUAAUAGACUGUGGUGUAUAUGUAAGCAGCCGCAUAACAAUCGGUUUAUGAUAUGUUGCGAUGGCUGCGAAGACUGGUUCCAUGGAAAAUGUGUCAAUAUUACAAAAGCAAUGGGUCAACAGAUGGAAGAACAAGGAAUUGAGUGGAGGUGUCCUAAUUGUAUCAAGAAAGCAAAACCAACAUCUAAGAACUCAAAUAAAGUCCCAGCACAAAUGAGAUCAGAAAAUGAUCAGGAAGGGGCAGUUGCUAUAAAAUCGCCAGUUCAGUCAUCAAUCAAAGACUCACUGAAGACAAGUUGUAUUGUAUGCAAGAAGCCAGCACGUGCUAGCAGCAUUUAUUGCAGUAACUCUUGCAUAUGGAAACAUGCUCAGGAUUCUCUUGGAAACCAAGGGCCUUCUGGGAAAGGUGAUGGUGAACCAGGCAAAUCUAAUGAAAAACAAAAGGCUGAAUCUAGGGUAAUAGUGUAUGAACGUAAAUCUGGAAGACUAUUAGCUGGACCCAAUGCUCCAACUGCAGAAAACUUGAAGGCUUGGUUGCAACAAAAUCCUACAUUUGAAGUUGUGCGUCCUGGCACUUUGAGUACAAUCAAACCUGCUGUAGGUAAAAAGAAGACAAGUGAACCAACUAAGAUUCAAACAACUCUCAACUUUGAAAGGAUACCUAGAAAACCUGCUGAACAAUCAACUAGUGCUAAAACACCCCAAACAGAUCCAAAGGAACGAUCUAUUAGGCUGAUACCAGCUCAUAAAGAAGAACCUAAGACCCCACAACUUAAGACACCAGUUACUCCAAAGUCGCAGCCCACUACUCAGUUAACUGACACUCCUAAAGCUAGCACGUCUACAGCUAAACCUGGAAUUACAUCAAGAAAACUGAUUAGAACUCCCAGUAAUCAAGGACAAUCGUCGCAAGACAAGGCUCCAUCAGUGUCGCCGUCGACAUCGCGUCGGAAAGAUUCCACUCAUACUAGGUUGAGAAUGUCAAGCGGUGAACCUAUACGCGACAAUGUGCGGAAAGCUCUACAAGAACAACUAGCCAUAAGGAUGUCGGAAAACAAAGGACAGAAAUUCUCUGAAGAUGAAAUACAACAGUUUGCCAAUGAGACCGAGCAAGAGUUGCAUGAACUGUUUAGAGAUGUGGGCAUGAAGUAUAAGGCAAAGUACAGAUCACUCAUGUUUAACAUCAAGGAUCGAAAGAAUCUUACGCUAUGGGAGAAAAUCUGUGAUCGUUCGAUAACACCUAAACAACUCGUACGACUCUCACCGGAAGAAUUGGCAAGUCAAGAGCUAGCUCAAUGGCGGGAUAAAGAAGCAAAACAUCAAUUAGAACUUAUUAAGAAAUCAGAACUAGACCUACUUGCUGCUAACAAAACAUAUGUCCUCAAAACACACAAAGGAGAAGAGGUAAUGGAGACAAAAGAAUCGGUGUCCACUGAAUUAGAUCCAAAUGUGCCUGUUGAAGAUGUUGUUACUGCACUAAAUGACUCUACAGUUGGUCCUGAUGUUAUAACAAAAGAUAAAACUCCAGAAAGUACCAGCAAGGCUGAAGUAGAAGAUAAAAAGUACAGCAGCAAGAAACGAAAUCGAGAAGAUAGCAGCUCUGGACGCUCUAAGAGAAGUAGGCGGGAGUCUAAACGUGAUUCUGACAGAAAAUCGAGAUCAUCGAAACGAAGAUCCGAAUCAAAAGAAAAAGAUGCAAGAGAAGAGCAGAGAAGAUCUACACGUAGAUCAGAAAAGAAGUCUACUAGAGUCAGAUCAUCGUCAAAAGAGAGGUCUAAAGAUAAACCUGACACCAACGAGCGAUCGCGGCAUAGGUCUUCAUCCAGAGAGAAAACCAAGCGAAGGUCUAAAUCACCUGUCCGUGAAAGGUCGAGCUCUCGUGCUCGGUCCCGACGACGAUCUUCAUCGCGAGACGCAAGGCGCAGAAAUAGGUCACGCUCUAAACGCACAAUCAGUAGCGAGGAUAAGUUGAAGAAUCGUUCCAGGUCUCAAGAUAAUGCUUAUAAAACGAAGAACGAUUCCACAGAUUCUGAUUCAAUAGAGAGACCAAAAUCGGCUAUGCUAAAAGAGGCACAUCCAGAAUACGAUCCUCAUGAACCAAUGAUAACAUCAGCAUUUUCUGAAGAAGACCUCCGGAAGUCUAGAGAGGAUGUGUUUGAAGAGAACUACAGGAAUGAUAUGAGUAAUUUUGAAGCAGAGUUUGACACAUCCAAGACUUUGAUUGAUACGAAUUUGAUCUUGCCAGCAACAAGAUAUUCUGCAAAACAAGACAAAACAUCAGAAGCUGAAAGUGAUCAAGAACCAAGUAGCACAGUGGACAAUGCAGCAGCUACAGUAUGGAGUGGAUGCAUCAACAUGGUGGAUGUUGCUAGGUUCUAUGUGGCUGCCUAUGAGGUGUCCGGCAGUUCUGUGGACUUGGAAGAAGAUCUCAGUACAGAAUUAGAUAUUGUAGGAAGAAUCAAUCCUGACACUGUUUGGGACUAUAUUGCAAAAAUGAAGAAAACUAGUAAUAAAGAUAUUGUUAUUCUCAAGCUACAAACUGCUAAUGAUGAAGAAAAAAUGCAAUACAUUGCUUUAUAUAGCUAUCUCAGUAGUCGCAAUAGGUUAGGCGUCGUGAAGGCGUCGAACAUGAUGACAGUAAAAGACUUUUACAUUGUACCAUUGCCGGCUAAUACUACAUUACCGGCAGUAUUACUACCCCUCGACGGGCCGGGCAUUGGCGAAAUCAAAACUCAUCUUCUGAUCGCCAUAGUUAUUCGACAAAGAAAAAAGCGCUCAGCCGCCAACAUUCCGACUGAUGUUAUUCCAGCUAAGGUGGCGCGUGAGUCCCGCAAGCGGUCGUACACUCCCCCGGCCUCGCCGCGGCGGCGGCCACCGCUCCCUCUACUAGCGUACACGUCAUCGACUCUCUCUACAACCGUUAAGGACAAAAUUGCUGCUUCGCUGGUGUCGGCGGAUGACGAUGAACCGUACAGCCCGGGUUCGACAAGCAGUAGUGGCAGUGGGCAAGCGUCAGGGCCAAGCUUGACCUCGAACACGCUUAGGAGUAAAAUGGAAGAACUCAACAGACAGAUUGAAGAACAGAAACAACAAAUCAUGAAGAUGGCACAAGCUGAUUCCUCCAUAGGCGAAGACGAAGCUUACUCUCCAUCGCGGCCUAUGACUCCGCCGCCAGUACAGAGCGUGCCUCUGGCAGAUAUUGCUUUACCAUCCAACUUGCAAGAAAUUCUAGCAACAAUCAAACAGAGGUCAGAGACUUCAGCUGGAGACGUCGACAUGCGUACAUUGCCCUUACCAUAGUCAUAAAUAUUAAAAUUGUACAUAAAUAGAUUUAAUUUCUUUAUUUAAUUAUAAGCACAAGGUUUCUUUGCAGUGCAAACAUAUUAUCCAUUUUUAACCUACUCCAAAAUUGGAGGACGAUGUGAAUAAUAUUCUAGCAUUUUAAUAUUUUCAUUACAUCUCACUAGAAGUUAUAUACCUAAGGUUCUACUGAUUUAUAUUUCUACUUUUGUAGAGUAGGACGAUAAUAAUGCAUUACUGAUCCUAAAAUUUCAUAAUGUUACUUUAGUAAUUAUAUAAAUAUUAUGUAGUCUUACGGAUUUUAUAAAAAAAAAACAAACGAAACAGAAUGUGCAAAGCAUACAUCAUUUCUGUGCAAUAUGUAACAUGAUAAUUCCCAGUACAUUAUGCUAGUACAUACAUGGGUGUGCAUGAAAUUGAUAAAUUUUAUUAUGAAUGGAGCAAAACUAUUUUUUUUUGUGUAAAAGCAUUGUAAUAAAAUAUAAUACAUGAUUGUUUGUACCUAGGUACGUAUUUAUAUGUUCAGGAUAUGUAGUGUACAAAAAUUAGAUUAUUAUUAGUUUUAUCACAAUUAUUUUACAUUUUUCAUGUUUAAAAUCUGAAGUUAUACAUUAUGGUUAGAUGAAAUAAAGACAUGUUUCAAUUGGUA